AGCCAAAGGCCAUGUCAAGCGAAACCAGCAUUUCACUUUUAUUAUUAAAUCAAAGCAAUAUGGAAGUACUGUGCCUUAUUUAUUUUAUUAGUUUGGUUAUUUUAAGUAUCAACACUUAUGACUAUAAUGACACAGAUUCACAUUUUGAUAAGUGCAAAGAAUUUGAAAAAUCCUUGGGAGAUCCAAAUAUUUUCUACGAUGAAGAGAACAGACUUAUAUUAAAGGUCCAAAUUUAUAAAGGGACUUCCAAUAGAGUGUUAGACAGCGGUGUGAAUGCAGUUGCUGUUCGACUAAAAUACGACAAAAACGAUCAAGAAAGCUUGAAUAAGGAACUGGUGAAAUAUCUAAGCAAUAUCCUAAAUAUUCAAGAAAAGUUCUUUAACGUUUCAGAGAGAGAUAAUGAUAUGAAGAAAUUUGUGAAGAUAAGUAAGAGAGCGGUAAAGCCUUACGACAUAAUUGAUAGACUUGUGGCAGCGUUAGAACAGACAGCAAGGGAGGAACCUGAAGCUCUUACAGUAACAGAUGCAACAGCUUCUAAAUUAGAAGAAUCUGAAAAAUCUUCAAUAAUAGAAGAGGAUUGUGUAAAGAUUUUUGAUUGGACUAAUAGAACACUUCUUGAUUCAGAUGAUAUAAGUACAAAGGAGUGACUUUAUAAGUUCUAAUAUUUAGUAAAUCAUUCGGUUAACAGGUUAAGAAUGGUACAGUCCAAUAGACAUUGAUCAUCAUUUCAUACAGCAGGUGUGGCCUGUAGUAGAGGUCUAAUGUUCUACUAUUGUUCAGUUUGUAAUGAAUGGUCCUUGAGUGGCCCACACUCUUGAUUGUCGUCACAGAUCAUUGCAGCUAUGUCUCUGUUGAGACAACUUAUUGACUGAGCGUUAGCAAAGCCUAUCACUCAUGGAACUGAACAAAAAUUCAUUUCUAUUUGUCUGUCUGUCUGUUCGCAUGAUAUCUCGAAAACUAACUGACCUAUAGUGA